UAGAGCAAGUACGCCGCACACAGCGACAGACGCCGCGCUGCGCCCGCGCAACGAAACAAACGCUCGAUAAAAUAAUGUAUUCCAUUUCAGUGCUCAGGUGAAAAGAUUGUGAAACAGUGCGUACAUAAGUGUUUAUAACGAACUCAAGGGAUUUGUUUUACACACCGAUAUUAAGAUGGGGUGUCGAUUAACAAUCGUUGACGAUGUAUUGAACCGUUCGUUCUACAAGCUGGGUAUGGUGGUCGGCAAGCGUCCUGGAUACUUCAUCAUAAUUCCACUGCUUCUGACCCUGCUAAUGGUCACUGGCUACCAACGUGUCCACUACGAAAUGGAUCCGGAGUAUCUCUUCUCUCCGGUCAGCGGACAGGGGAAGUUAGAGAGAAGAAUCGUUGAAGAACAUUUCAAAGUUAACUAUUCUCAUAGGUUCAGUGUUGGCAGAAUUACUAGAGCAGGAAGAUUCGGACGAGUUAUCAUCGUGACGAAAGACAACGACACGAAUAUGCUUCGACCAGAGGUGUGGAAAGAGCUGCGGGAGUUGGAUGACUUGGUCCAGAACAUUACGGUGACGCUGCCGACGGGAGAGACCUUCACGUACCGAGAGGAGUGCGCGAGAUGGCAGGGGCAGUGCUUCGUGAACGAUAUCCUCAACGUGGACAAGAUAAUAGACGAGGUGCAACGAGGAGAAUUGAAUCUCACGUUUCCCAUAAUGUUCAACCCGGUGACGUGGGAGGCACACGCGUUUCCCGUGUACUUCGGGGGCACCCAGGUGGUGGACGAUACCAUAAUAUCCGUCCCGGCUGUGCAGCUCGUUUGGUUUGUAAGAACCGACACCAAACUGCAGGAGCAACGUGGUGCUGCAUGGGAAGACGCGUUCUUGGAUGCCGUCGGUGUUGCAGAAGACACGGGACGUUUCAAACAUAUAUCGGUCGCGCGAUUUGCAUCACGAACACUUGAUCAUGAACUCGAAAAGAACACGAGAACUGUCAUACCGUUCUUCAGUUCCACGUUCAUACUGAUGGGGAUAUUCUCGAUUGUAACCUGCAUGAUGGCGGACUGGGUUCGGUCGAAACCUUGGCUGGGUUUGCUCGGGAACAUAUCAGCUGUGAUGGCUACAGUGGCUGCUUUUGGCUGUGCUAUAUACCUUGGCAUACCCUUCAUUGGAAUCAACUUGGCUGCGCCGUUUUUGAUGAUCGGUAUUGGCAUUGAUGAUACAUUCGUAAUGUUAGCGGCAUGGCGACGAACAUCCCCCACGCUUCCUGUGCCCGAAAGAAUGGCCAUUAUGCUCUCUGAAGCCGCCGUCUCCAUCACUAUUACAUCGGUUACCGACAUGCUUUCUUUCUUCAUCGGUAUCUUCUCACCAUUCCCAUCCGUGCAGAUAUUCUGCAUGUAUUCAGGACUUGCCGUGUGCUUUACAUUUGUGUGGCAUUUAACAUUCUUCGCCGGAUGUGUCGCAGUUUCUGGAUAUAGGGAGAAACAAAAUAGACAUACUAUCACUUUCCUGAAGGUUCUUCCUGAGUCGAGAGCGCGUAAAGAAAAACGUUCAUGGUUUUAUCGUAUCUGGUGCACUGGGGGUAUUGACAAGGCUGACCCAAUGAAUCCAGUGGACAACAAAGAGCACUGUAUUAUGCUUUUCUUCAAGACCACCAUGGCUGAUCUGCUCAAUAAUAACUUCGUUAAAGCUGCUGUCAUCGUAGUAUUUCUUGCCUACUUAGCGGGAGCUGGAUAUGGUGUCACUAAUCUCAAUGAGGGCUUAGAAAGGCGUAGACUCUCCAAAAAUGAUUCUUACUCCGUCGUAUUCUUCGACCGAGAGGAUAUGUAUUACAGAGAGUUUCCUUAUAGAAUACAGGUUGUCAUAACUGGAAAGCAUAAUUACUCCGAUCCAAAGGUGCAAGCUGAGGUGGAAACACUGACGCGGAGACUGGAAAAUACUUCGUACAUAUCGAACUCGUUGUAUACUGAAUCUUGGCUGAGAACUUUUAUCGAUUACGUUGAUAGAAAUAAUGACUACCUAAACGUUACGAUCGACAACGAGAAGGACUUCAUAAAGAACUUAAAAGAGCUCUGGCUGUUCCCAGCGAACCCCUUCUCCUUGGAUGUGAAGUUUGAUGAAUCUGGUGAACAAAUACUCGCCUCGCGCUUCCUGAUCCAAGCUAUCAAUAUAAGUGGAACCAAUCAUGAGAAAGAGAUGGUGAAAGCGCUCAGGGAUAUCGUGGCUGUGUCACCGCUAAAUGCUUCAGUCUUUCAUCCUUACUUUGUAUUUUUCGAUCAGUUCGAGCUAGUGAAACCGACAUCAAUACAAAAUCUCUGCUAUGGGGCUCUUAUGAUGAUGAUAACUUCUUUUAUUUUCAUCCCCAACAUACUAUGUUCUCUAUGGGUCGCCUUUAGCAUUAUUUCCAUAGAAGUUGGGGUGGUUGGAUAUAUGGCAUUGUGGGAUAUUAAUCUGGAUUCUAUAUCGAUGAUCAAUCUUAUUAUGUGCAUAGGAUUCUCUGUUGACUUUACCGCACAUAUUUGCUAUGCGUACAUGGCAUCCAAAGCUCAAUGCCCUAAAGAAAGAGUUAGUGAAUGCCUUUAUUCUUUAGGACUCCCUAUUUGUCAAGGAUCAUUCAGUACAAUAUUGGGUGUAAUUGCUCUACUUUUAGCCGACAGUUAUAUAUUCUCUGUGUUCUUUAAAAUGGUGUUUAUGGUCAUCUUUUUCGGCGCAAUGCAUGGACUGUUCCUUUUGCCUGUACUUUUGUCUCUAUUCGGACCUGGCUCUUGCACAAGAAAACCCGAUAGUGUAAAAAUAGCCAAAGUGGAAAAAAUCUUCCCAAAUCCUUACUGUUUACCCCACCCACAACUGAUGUUAAAUGAUCAAAUAUUUAAUGGUAAAAACGGAAGCCCUAAUGGAAUAUAUAAGAUAUACGGCGAAGAUAAAGAUCUUGGCAUUGGGACAUCUGGUGAAGACACUAGUGAAAGCAGCUCUAAUCAAUCGCAGAGACGACAAAUAGGAGAUGACGGCUCUAGACAGAAGUAUGAAGACGGGUGGAGGAGAUUUAACUACGGUCAGAGUACGAGUCAAUUCCAGCCAUCUGGAGAAUUAGAUAUUUACGGACACGAUAGCGACAGAACUUGGCAAAGACAACGCUAUGAGGCUAAUCGUCGAGCUUUUGACAGUAACAAAAGACCACCUGGGCACAGAGAAGACGAGGUUACAAGUCCCAGGAAAACAAGUGAUAGCGGUCCAAGAAGAGAAGGGGCAUACAGAGUGACCAGGACACACUCCCAUCACAAUCUUCACAAACCACGCGCGCCCAGACGAUCUAACUCCCACCACAACCUUGAGCACACCGACUAUGUCGCAGAAAUGCGAUUCCCUUGACAGUGACUAAAUUGAAAAUUAAGUUCAAGGACUAUUUUUUUCAUGUGCUCAAUUGUGGACCAAAGUAUUAUUUUUAUAGUUACGUGAACUAUAUUGUUUGUCUGUAUAAUUUUUUGUCGUACCGUAGUAUGGUAUAUUUGAUUAUAUGAAAAAUGUUAAUAAAUGACCUAUUUAUAAUCACUUUAUUAGUAAGAAGAUAUCUUUAAAAUAGUAGAAUGGUGAUGGAUAAAUCUGCUGAUAUUUUGCGCUAGACAGUUUUGAUUGCAAGUUUAAACAAGUAUCUAUAGCAAUUAAAAUCAUUGCUUUCAAAUAAAUAAUUCUACAGACAAUUCCCUACAUACUACAAAUAGCGAAAUUAAACAAGAAUAUUUCAAAUUUUAUUUAUUACAUUGCUCCUACGAACUAAUACAGCAACUUAUCAGGUAUAGUCACUUAACUACAAUAGAAAAUAAGUUUAUACCACUAAAGUAAAAUUGGACAGUCUGUGUGAUAAUUAUUUUAAUGGGUGGGUGUUAUGUAAGCUAGUACAUAAAUGUAAAUAAGUGUUAAAAAUAGCUAAGUCUUAUAUAUUUAGAGCUUUAACUCAAGUAUCCUGUGAAUAGAUUGUGAUACCUUAUAUGCCAUGUACCUUCUCUAUUUUUCAAAUGUGGUACCUCAUUUAUAGAACCCUGUAUAAGAGUUUGGGCUUCAUUAUACAAAGAUAUUUUAUGCUAAUGUCAAAGACUCGCUACUCUCCAGCCAAUAUAAACUUUAUCGCACUUAUAAGCCUUACAUAGUGCACGUCAUGUUAAUAUUACACAAAAUAAUCCCGCGUUUUAUUAUACUGAGAGACAUUAGCAUAAAAUGUAAAUCUAUAAAUAAUUUAAAUUUACUUUGUUGAUUUAGCCUUUGCCCGUGACUGAAUAUGUAAAUAUUUGUUUUGUAAUAAAUGAAAUUAACUCUUUAA